UCACAAUGGGAUCAAGCUGACACAAAAGGAUUCCAGAGUUUUUAACAAGUAGCUUGAAGGAUAAAAUUUAUAUAAUACUUUCAAAAACAUAUAUUGCUUUUUGAAAAGGAUAUCGAAGCUUGUGAAAAUAUUUUGUUUAUGAAAUGUAAGUUUUUCACUAUCGGAUUAAUAUAAAAGGAUAGGUUGAAAUAGAAUUCCAAAAGUGUUGAGUGUACAUAUUGUUUGUAUAUAUUGCGUCCAAUUACGCUAUGAUUCGCGUCGAUAUAAUAUCCCCUCAGCUGAAUAAAUGUGAUAUGCUUAAUUUACAUACUUAACAAUAUCAAAAGUAUUUUCCUAUUUCGAUUUUUAAAUAUAUAGUUUGAAUCGAAUGUAAUUUAAAUUCUGAAGGUUUCCUAAAUAACGUAUAUACACGUAUUGGAAGUUUAAGUUCAACUUCAAUUAGUGAGUUUAACAUACACACGCAAAGAAUUCAAAAUGCCGCCUUUAGGAGAAAAAAUGUGGAUCACGAACUAUAUGGAUAGUUACAACAAAGACAGGAAAUAUUCAAGGAAAUUCAGUGGAACUUCAAGGUACAACACGCCAAAAAGAAAACCUAUAUCAGAACGCUUGGAAUUUUUAGCACGACCGAAAACUCCAGCUCGUCCAAAAACAGCUUCAGUAGUACAAGAGCAAAAUACUUUAUACAACGAAAAAUCUCAACCCGUUGUAUCAUUUGAUGAAUUUAAUAAACAAUUUACGAAGCUAAGGUUUGAUAGUAAUGGAUACGUUGUUCAUCCAUAUAGUUGUCCACCGGAAGUUAAUAUUGGAGUACAAGGAACGCAUGUGCAAUUAUCAGAGAGAGAAAAUAAAAACCAUUAUAUGCAACCGAUCCUAGAAGCAGCUGAUAGUCUCCCGAAAACUGAAUUAAAUUUCGAAAAGAAGGAAGAAGAAGAAGAGAAAGAGAAUGACGAAGAGGAAGAAAACACAGAUAAUGUGGAUAAACCAGACGAAAUACCAACGGUAGCUACACCAGUACCAGACGCACUAACUGACAAGACUAAGGAUUACCAUUGGUUGUGUUGGCCAGAGCCUAAACCAAAGGACGAACCACCACUAAGACCACAUACAUCACUAGGUAUACAUAGAGCUCUGACACCGUACGGAGGAGUACCAGGUGACGAUAUAGAAGAUCGACCUAGUAGUACCAUUCCAGGUUAUGCUUUUGGAGAUUCCGAGGACAUAACACGUGGACCUCCUAUGACAUACGUGCCUGAGUUAAAAUCUUGGGUUAAUUCUUCAAACGAGUACGAUAAAGACAUCGCUCAGAAUAUAAUGAAUACCAUGUAUUCUAGUCUCGCUCCACCACUGCCAGCCGAAGCUCUUCGACCAAAGAGACAGAUGACAUUUUCAUAUGGCGGACGAAGAUCAAAUAACUCUAUGUACAAUUCGAUGCCAGAUCCUUUGACUCAUUAUUCUCAAAGUUGGCGACCUGUAUAUGAAGACAGAAGAGGACCACCAAGCAGACAUGAAAUUGUUCCAUCAUUUCCUCAGAUACCAGGACUACAAAGAAGUAAAACCGACCUUCAACCAAUGAAACGUAGAACAAUACGUUAUCCUGCCGGGGAUGAUUAUGUACACGAAAGAAGCAUGUUUAUGACUACACAGCCAUCAUGUACAGGCCACUUCAUAAUCCACCCUGAUUGGGUUUCGGAGCGAUCUGGGAAACGAAAGCUUUUUGCUACAAAGAAGAAUGGAAACUCAAGAAAUGGACUACGUUAUGGAACUCCGCAUGAAAUCUAGAACGUUAAUCAAUAAUUUAUUGAAAAAUCAAAAAAACACCGUUUUAUCUGAUUUUUAGUUAUCAUGCCUAUUUAAAUAUUGUUGUACAACUACAUUUGUGUAGAGCUAAGUACCAAAAGUUAUCAAAUUGUCAUUUGCUUUAAGGGCAUUAGCCAAUGAGUAAACAUAUUGUUUUCUUGGAAACACAAAAUCUGUUGAAAAAUCAGAUAUUUUAAAAAUUUACAUAUAUUUAUAUUAAUCCCAAAAUACAGAACAAUUAUAGUGAAAUUAAUACUGAUAAAUACAUGAAACUAUGCACAUAUAGUCUUAUUUAAAUAACGAACAAUCAUGUAUGAAACUGCCAUGUAUGAUGAGGCAAAAAAUUGCUCAAUGCGUGUUUAUAACUUAUAUAUGUACAAAGAAGUACCAAUAUGGUGUUUCACCAAAAAAGUCUUUCAAAUAAUCCGUCCAUUUUCUUCUAGUUUAUUGAACAGUAUGUAUGGAGAGUGUCAGUGAUACGCAUAUAUAUUUAAUUCUGUUUUGUAAAGUUCUAAAAAUGAUAAAUGUUAAUUUGUCUUCUAAAAGGAAGAUGGGACAUGCAAAUAAAUGAUUCGAAAACUACUUCCGAGUCUCCAAUGUCUAGUAUAGCAUUGCAUAAUUUCGUUUUUCGAUAACUCAGCUUCAGAAGUUACCUCUAUAAACAAAUUUAAUGUAGAGUAGUGUUUUCAAAAAGCUGAGUGCAUAAUGUUUUAGAGCAACACAAGCCUUUUUGAUUUUAAAAAUUAAGAAAAGUAUUUCAUCAUGCUUAUCUGUAAGCUAUGAUACUAAAAUGUUAGAAUAGAAUUUUUUUAAUUCUUCUGCCUGUAUGUUGAAUAAUUGUUGAAGCUUUUGCAUGUUUUUUGUUCAUUAGUUCUCAUUGGUGCAAUCAUUAGACCAUCCAAGAUGGCUUUCUAAAACUUGUACUGUUAAGUUUCUAUUUACACUUUGUGUCUAGUCUUAUCUUAAUCGUAUGUGUAGUUAUUUUUUUUUCAAGAAUUUAUUAUUUAUUAAUUGUUGUAUUUAAUUUAUAGCGUUGUAAAUAAUUCACAAUAGUUUAGGUUAUGCAUGCACAUGAGUGGUAUUAAUACAUCAUUUUGAGUGUGUGUGACCAAUCAAAUUGAGUAUGGAUCGAUUCUGCAGAGUUGCAGAUUCACCAUGCUUUUACCGGGAACAGUAUUAAGAUGUACAGAAUGGUUUGGAGUGUGUUUUGCAUAAAUUAUAAUUAUAGUAUAAUCAUUGUAAAUAGUGUUAUCAUUUAGGAUAUUUAUUUAUUGCAAAUAAAACAGCUUAAUAUAUUAAA